AUGCGGAUUUUCUAUUGGAAUAUCCGAGGUGUUCGAAAGGCAGCGGCUUCUAGAGCGUUGCAUAUUUUUCUUCGUGAUCACUCCCCUGAUGUGGUGUGUAUUGCAGAGCCCAUGGUGGAUUCUUUUUCUUUCCCUGCUCGUUUUUUUAAUCGACUGGGAUUCAUGACCGAAUUUAUCCAUAACUCCCGUCUUGAUAAAGUGCCAAACCUCUGGGUAGUCUGGAAAAAUUCUCUUGCGAGGCCUGUGGUGGUUCAGUCCUCAGAGCAGAUGAUUUCAGUUUCUAUGCAAUGGAAUGGUCAGCAGGUUGUGGUUUCUAUGAUUCAUGCUUCGUGUUUCAGGGCAGAGCGUAGGAAUCUUUGGGUGGAGAUGGGCAUUGUGGCUGCCCUGUCCUUUCCAUGGGUUGCUUUGGGGGACUUUAAUGCCACAUUAUAUUCCCAUGAGAAGAGGGGUCCUGGUAGAUUCAAUGUGGGUGCCGCGGCAGAGUUCCAGGCCAUGGUGGAUGCUUGUGAUUUGAUUAGCUCUCCGUCCCAGGGAUCCAAUUUUACCUGGACAAACAAUAGAUGUAGAGGACAUGUGGCGGCAAGGCUUGACAGAAGUUUUUUCAAUGCUCAAUGGUUGGAAGUUUUUGGUGAUUGUGGUCAGAAGGUGCUCCAUAGAUCAAUUUCAGAUCAUGCUCCAAUCCUUUUUUCCUUAGCAGCGAUUCCUAAGCCUCGAAAUGCCCCGUUCAGACUUCAUCGUUUUUGGAUGGAAGAGGAAUCCUUUGUGGACCUGGUGAGGGAUGUGUGGUCUAGGGAGGUUAGGGGUGGUCCCAUUGGCAGGCUGGCAUAUAAAUUAAGGGCGGUGAAGAGUGCUCUAAAAGGGUGGGCAAGACAGACUUUCCCUAACUUGGAUGUAGCUCUUAAAGAUGCUACUGCAGAAGUGGAGGAAGUCCAGCGAACUAUCGACCAGAUAGGGAUGUCUGAUGAGUUAUACGCCAGAGAAGCAGAGGCGAAAACUAAGCUCUUGAAAGCAGUGGAGAUGCACGAAAAACUUUGGGCUGAAAAAGCUCGCUGCAAUUGGGCAAAACUUGGAGACCGUAACUCAAAAUUUUUUCAUCUAUCGGUUAAGGUGAUUCCUAAUGAGAUGAAUAGGGAGGACUCUUCCAUAUUAGAAGCUAUUCCUGCCAGAGAAGAGAUUAAGAAGGUGGUAUGGGGGUUGGAUCCAGAUAGCUCUCCUGGCCCUGAUGGGUUCCCUGGUGCUUUCUUUAAACAGUGUUGGGAGAUAGUGGGUGACGAUUUUUGUGGGGUUGUGAUUGCUUUCUUCCGAGGUGGGAAGCUUCCGAAUGGGAUCAUGGCUAAGAGGUUAUCUUGCCUUCUUCCUCGAUUGGUGUCAGAUGAGCAAGGGGCGUUCCAGAAAGGUAAGAUUAUUUCAUCAAAUAUUGGAUUAGCCUCUGAGCUUGCUAAUUUAUUACAUACAUCUGUCAGAGGGGGUGGCAUGGGUAUUAAGAUUGACGUGCAGAAAGCCUAUGACACAUUGUCAUGGGAUUUUCUUUUUGCGGUCUUGAAAAAAUUUGGCUUCUCGGAUGUGUGGUUAGCUUGGAUUCAUGAAAUCUUGGUUUCUUCUAGAAUUUCAGUGUUAUUGAAUGGUGGUCCAGUGGGUUUCUUUGGAGUUGAGAAAGUGAAGAAAAUCACUGUGAAAUGGGAAGAGAUAUGCCGACCUAAGGAGGAAGGGGGUUUAGGUAUCAGGCGAUUGAGGGAUGUCAACUGUGCGGUGCUUAGCAAACUUGUGUGGCAAAUGAAGCAUGAAGGAUCUGCUUUUAGUUCCUUUUUGCGGGCUAGAUUUGUGAAUGAAGGUGGAGACCUCAAGAAAGGUUAUAGAGCAUCUUCGGUGUUUAUAGGAAUUGCGAAGAUGUGGAACUUUGUAUCUCUAUCUGAGCGGUGGAUGGUGGGUACAGGUUCCGAUGCGACGGGUUAUUCCAAGGCUCAAGAUUCAGAGAUUGCUUUUUCCGAUUUAAUGGAUACAGAAAGCAUGUCAGGAGACAACCCCAACACUAUUCGUCUUAAAGAGCUUCGACGAAAACAUACCGUUCCAAAAACUCGUGAUGGCAAUAUAUCUAUGGCAAUUGAUGAAGAUGUAGGGACGAUCCUAAUUCUUGAAUUCCUGCUUCAAUCUUCAUCUUAUGAAAUCACCAACAGUUCAUCAAUGGUACAGAAAUGA